AUGCAGGGACCGCAAAAUCGGCUGAGUGUCGACAUCAUCCCUGAUCAGUCUUUGGAAGCAGCUGAGGCGUUCAUUUCAUUUUCGCAAUGGUUAUCUGGUAGGCGCGGUGAAUAUGUGACAAGAACCAAGGAUAAUACGAAUGAUGCAAAGGGCGGCAGUUUUACACAUACAGAUGCAGAGGGCGUGAUCGCGAACGAAGUUGCAGACUGGCUCCAGUCCCAGAUGUUCGAUGAUUUUUGGAUGUCUACAACAAGACAGACUCGGCCCUCACCUCAUGAGACAUCUCAACUGCUCAGACAUCUCAGGUGUGCCGACUCAUUCCGAGUCACGCCACAGAGCGACUCUACUACGUCCGAAACAAUUGUGCUUCUAGUUGCCUUGCAGCUGCUGGCAGCUUGCUAUACGUUAUUACCAAGCACUAGCGCAACCCAUGUUCCUCUCACGCAGCAGCGCAAAGAGCCAGGACCUGCAACAGCUCUUCGUGCAUGCUCGAAAUAUCGUUUCUCUCCAGCUGCUGGCCACCACGCCCGUCCAUCUUCAGAAACGGCUUCAUGGCCGGAUCUUUAUACGGGGCCUUCAAUCGAAGAGAGACUAGCAGAACAUGUCAGUCAUCAGCGCCGACGGCAGAAGCAUCACUACGAACACACUCCAUCCUUUGCUGGAAGUGGCUGGACAGACGGACCGCCCCCGGUAGCUACACGCACCCAGUCGAGACGUAGCCUGUCGCCAGCCAGUUCGAGCUCGUCAGAUGCCGAGCCUGGCUUCUUCUCAAAGCUUAUAUGCCAGGCGGCAAUACCGAAAAACUAUCAGCGAAAACACAACACCAUGUUCUUCAGCCGACUCUCACUGAGGUCAAAGAGGCAAAAGCAAUUACAGGCUGAGGAAGAGAGUCAUUACCAAGAUGAAGAGCAAUCUGAUCAAGACUUCAGUGCGCAGCCCGUACAGCGCAUACCCUCUGCACUUCGCCUUCGCCUGACGCAGUCUGCUCCGAGGAUGGUAGCAAAGGAGGUACCCAUCCAAAAGCCUCGCAUGAUAAAACGGCACAGCUCAGAUCCGUCCAUCGGCAGUCCUCUCGAGUAUCCCUUCCAGAUUCCCGAGAUCCACCGUGUGUCGGCCACAACGAGCGGAAGCUGGUAUCCAGAUUCAUCUGCAGGCGGCUCUGUACGCGCUUGCGGACGGGGCGAUCUCAUUACUGCACAUGAUUACUUUGACGACGACAGUCCAGACACCCCAUAUACACCACGUAAGCAGCAGAGGCAAUGGACGACGCCGCGCUGGAGACAUAAGUACACCGGUGCGGACUCACUACUAGAGGCUGCUGCAUUAGGCCAAUCCAUGGAGAUGAAUGACUACUUUGGACCAGUCCAUAUUGGCGCACCGCAUGCAGAUUAG